CUCUCUCUCUCUCUCUCUCUCUCUGUCUGUCGGUCUCUUCUCCUACCCUUUCUCUCUCCUCAACCAAGUUAAAAAAAAACACUACGACUGUGAUGACCAACUAGCAUACUUAAUUACCACCAAAACCCGGCGGCGGAGAGAUCCGGUCCAUGGAUCCACCCGUCGCCGAACCCUCCGGUUCAGCUGAUGAACCCGAUCCUUCAUCCCCGCAGCCACCCCCACCACCACCCCCAACCGUAUCACCCUCCGCCGCAGCCGCCGCCGCAGCCGCUGCCGCUGCGACAACAUCCUCAUCCUCCCCAUCUUCAUCACAACCAAGCCGCUACGAAUCCCAAAAACGCCGGGACUGGAACACCUUCCUCCAAUAUCUCCGGAACCAUAAACCUCCUCUUACUCUCUCCCGCUGCAGCGGGGCCCACGUGAUCGAGUUCCUGAAAUACCUGGACCAGUUUGGCAAGACCAAAGUCCACGCUCAAGACUGCCCCUAUUUCGGGCACCCGAACCCGCCCGCUCCCUGCCCCUGCCCGCUCCGCCAAGCCUGGGGUUCCCUCGACGCCCUCAUCGGCCGAUUACGGGCCGCCUAUGAGGAAAGCGGCGGUCGGCCCGAUUCCAACCCGUUCGCCACCAGCGUUGUCAGAAUUUAUCUAAGGGAGGUGAGAGAGUCACAGGCGAAGGCUAGAGGAAUUCCAUAUGAGAAGAAGAAGCGGAAGAGACAAACAGGAAUGACUUCUACUUCUUCUUCUUCUUCAGCUUCUGCUUCUUCUUCAAAGGCUUCAGACAAGGCCGGUGAGGGUGGCUCCGGCAUCGCCGGCGGCGGAGAAUAGCUAGCUUCUUCCUCUUACUUAUUUUUCUCUCUCUAUCUCUUGUUUUUAUUUUUUGUUUUUUUUUUUAAUUUAAAGUUGGGUAUUAAUUUCUUCUUUGUUAUAAUUUGGUGGUAAUUCAGAGGGAUUUGGAUUUUGGAAAAAUAGUUAAUCAUU